AGAGAUGGGCCUGUGGUGUCAAAGAACGCUGCUCUUACUUUCACUUCCUUGUCAGGUUGUUUGACGGCUAUCGGCCUAUAAGGGACUUCCUCCUUCUAGCUGGUAGUUUGUGUGUGUGACAGUCAUGAAGAACGGUAGCAGAACAGAAGAACAGGCCAAGGUCUCCCGCCAGGAGCUCUAUGAGGACUACGUGAACUACCUCCAGCUGUGUCCAGAGGUUCGGCCGUGCCGCGACGCCUGCCUGCUGGAGAAGGCGGCUCAGUUCCUUCAGACUGAACCAGAACCCACAGGCUCCUUCACCCUGUUCCCUUUCUACCAGGCUGUACGGCACGACUGUAAAUCUCUGCGCACCGGCUCCAGGGAACAUCUGGCUGCUUUCAUCAAAGCCACCGACCUGCUGGAAACUCUCUGCGUCAAUCUCUUCCUUCAACCCUGGAAGAAGGAAAUCAAGACACUUAAGACUUUUACAGGUCCAUUUGUUUACUGUCUCCUGCCAGUUCUGAGCAGUUCUACCAUUCAGUCGGUCCUGGCCACUAUUGGGUACCUGCCCCAUGCGGACUCUCCACAAAGUGAAUACAGACUCAGUGAGGAUGCUAACCCAGACAGAGCCAUGCUGCUGGGCUUUGAGAUGCUGUUAGCCAGGGUGGAAUGUUACCAUCUCCUGGAGCUCCUGGAGAAGGAUCAGGUGGGACCACAGGAGUGGCUGGAGGUCCUCCAGAGGAGAGUGGGGCCUACAAAAAUAGAGGAAACCACAGACAAGAAGACAACGAUAGGCCAGAAGGAAGAGGAGGAGAAGGAGGAGAAGAAGAAGGAAGAUAGAAAAGAGGUACGUCCGGAUUUGGACACCAGACUUGCAGUGAAACCACAGCCCAAGCCUCGACACUGCCAUUUCAUCAGCGUAGACCAGUCCAUAAUGGAGAUGCAGAUGACCUACCCUGACCUGGUCUUCAGGGGCCGCCCUGUGCAAAUGGACGAACCUCAACGAGCAAACAGCAGCAAGAGCAGCAGUAAAGAUGCCCAUACUAAUUACAGUGAUGAUAGUAAAGCUACUGACCUCGCCGAAAGAGAUUGCAUUAAAGACACCAAAGUUGCUGCUGCUAAAACUAUCUGCAGCAAAAAUGAUGGCAGCAAAGCCGAUGAAGUGUUUGGUGACGAUGGCAAAGGCAGUGGUUGUAUUGACAGGAACAGUGGUGGGACCACCAGCCCAGGAGACACCAUUAGCAGCAGCAGCCUCAGUAAAACUGAUGGAAGCAGAGUUGCUUGUGAGCUCAGUGGUCCUCAAGAAAUGUCCCUGCACAUCCCACCAAGAGCCGGAUCCAAAGCAGAGCAGAGUCUGAAACUUGGAGAGCCUCAGCCCACAGACAAACCUUCUGCCUGGACACAGCAGCAAACUGUAGCAGACCUAGAGAAUAAGAGACCAGACACCUCAACGCUUCCCUCACUGAGCUCCAUGGACGAGGAGCAGGAUCUGAGAAAGCUGGCAGAGAGGAUGGGCCAGCCCCAUGUGCAGGAGACCAAAGAGGAAGUGAAUAGCAAAGAAGAAAACAAGAGAGAAGUGCAAAACACAAGUAGAGAGAGGAGGAAAACAGAGAGAAAGGCAAGCACAGAGGGAGAGGCAGAAGAGCAGAACCUGAGGAAGCCAGUGAUGAAGACAGGCCCAGCACAGAGCCAUGCUCAUUCUGAGAAGCAGUCCACUGUGUGUCACCACUCACAGCUGACUUUCAGCAAAGCAGAUUGCCAGGGUUGUAAAGGAGGAGGCAGCCCAGGGCAGCGGGAAGGAGAAGAUACUAUUAGAGCAGAAACAGGCAGAGGAGAGGAGGAGCAGCUGUCACAGAGCAAUGUCAUAGUCGAGAAUAACAGAAAAUAACAUGCUCUCAAGGAUACAUGUAUGGAAAUCAUUCAUAAAUAAAGCUAUAAAUAAAUAAACCUUAGCAAGCCUGAAACCAAAU